CUCUCCAGUUCAUGGAACUAGAUUGGAAACUCACAUAAUGACUACAAGUCAAAGGCUACAGAUGGCUUUCACUGUCGUCUUGCAGUUUUUGAAGUGCCAAACCCAUCCCAGAGACCAAGGUACCCAAAGGAAAAGGUGUAUGCUGACAACACGGAAUAUAGUUUGGAGGAACUACGUGCAGUAAACUACAUGAGAAAGGAAGGAAACACAGAGGGAGAAAAUCAUUCGCAUCCUGUAAUAGAAAUCUGCAACCAGAUCCACGCCUAUGAGACCCAGAGGUUACCCCUACAAUCAGUGCCAGAUAAGAAGUUAGAAGAGUUUCCAAGUUUGGGGCAUAGAAAACUUCAAACUGUUAGCAAAAAUGAAGAAAACUUCGCACCACGUAAUGCCAGUAAUGCCACAGGUGAUGGUAUAUGGCCUACAAAUUUCAAGUACAGAAAUGUUGAAAAAGUUGAACACCAGAAUUCAGCUGUAUCUCACCAGCAUUCAGUCAUCAACACUUCCACAAAAUCAGGGAUGAGCAACAUUCCACCAACUGAAAUCCUUACAGUGGUGCCGCGAAUAAGUUUCAAGGAAACUAGUUCUGGAAAUAGUUACUGUAAUCAGCACCAUGAGAAAGAACAUGCACUAUCAGCAGGUGAAAGUAAUAUCAUCUCCCAAUUUAAAACCAACGAUUGUGAAUUUCCUAGAUCUAAUCCUUUGCUCAGUGAUGCAAAACCAGAUUUGACAGAUAUAAAAGAGACAGCUUCAUCUGCUUCUACAAAUAAUAUAACUUUGAGAGUAAGAAACAAUUUUAGGGCAGGUGAAAAGUACCAGGUGCAUCCUUCCAAUCAUACCAACAGUGAAGGGUCUGGAACUGCAGUACAGAUGUCCACUGUGCCACAUAAAGCAGAUAUCGUCUGUGAGCCGGGACAUUAUGCCACAGAGCCUGAGGACUUGAAAGAAAAAUUGGAAGACAAUAAUCACUUUAAGUACGAAAUACCAUUUGUUCCCUCUCCGGGGAUGACCUGUGAGGAAAUAGAACAGUUGAAAGGAACUGAAAAUAAGGAAAAUGAAGGUGGAAUGAUGGAAAGUCUGAACAAAUGUGAAAUGCUUCCUCCAGCCGAGCCUGAGGUACAGGAUCAUCUAACGCAGAGAAUAUGUUCACGAGCCCACGCUGCUGGCUUUGAUGGCGUGGAUACCAUGUAUGUUGACAAAGAUUAUUUUGAACUUCAGCCAAGACAAAGUGCACUUUUCUCAGAUACCUGUUCUUCACAGAUGUUCGCUCAUACAUUACUUUCAUCAACACCAGCUCGAAAAUCUAUUUUUCAUUUGGCAAAUAGCAACAGGACAAAAAGCAUUGGAAAUCCCCCCAUUCAUGCAAGAACUAGUGAAGAAAAAGAACUGAGAAAUAUGGCAGAAGAAAUUCAGCAAGAGGCAAAUUUUACAUCACAUCCAGUCAGUGAAAGCAAAGAGUUACUGAAUCCAUUAAAGGAUGUAGCAUAUAUUAAUAAAUCACAUGCUGUCAGUGAGGUACAAAAUAUCUGCCCUAUUACAGAGCAACGGCAUAACUCUCAGAGCAGAGAAUUAUGUCUAGGACAUUCCUAUAGAGACGUCAGAGAUGACAUAAAUCCAUUUGAUGAUGUCUUGAUCAGCCAGCUUUUACAGUACUCUGGCUUUGUGGAGAGAAAUAAGGGAGGCUGGAUAAAAGUUCUAUGCAAACCCACCCCUCGGAUAAGGCUUCCAUUUACACUUAAAAUCGAUAAUGAUAUUUAUCAAGUGAUAAAAGAGAUAGGAAAAGGUUCUUAUGCUCGAAUACUGUGUGCAACUGAUAAUUAUGGUGAAAGAGUAGCUCUGAAGGUUCAGAAGCCAUCCUGGCUUUGGGAAGCCUAUAUUGAAGACCAAAUUCAGCAUCGUAUAAAAGGCAAAAAUCUGGCUUUGUGUUUUGCCAAUCCAAGUAGGGUAUAUGAAUAUUCUGAUGGCAGCAUAAUGGUACAUGAAUAUCUUAAAUAUGGCAGCGUUCUGAACUUCAUAACAGAGGCAAGGAAGGGAAAUAGAGCCGUGAAUGAGAAUGUGGUAUUUUGUUUCAUGUGUAAAAUCAUAGAAGCAAUACGUAGUUUACACAGCUGUGAAAUAAUACACGGUGACUUGAAGCCUGACAAUAUCAUGGUCAGAUCUGUAUAUCCACCAAGUAUCCAGCUUAUUGAUUUUGGAAGAGCAAUUGAUAUGACCUUAUUUCCUCCUAAGACAACAUUUACAUAUGCUGUAACUACCAAAGAUUUUCAGUGCACCGAGAUGCAGGCAAAAAAGCCUUGGACAUAUCAAACCGAUAUUUUUGGACUCCUGUCAACAGCUCAUUGUUUCCUGUUUGGAGAGUAUAUGAAAGUAUCACAUAAGAGUGGAAAAUGGGUUAUACAAAAAUCAUUGCCAAGGUCAUGUCAUAAACAACUGUGGUCGCAGUUCUUCCACGACCUUCUGAACAUCGAGUCGUGUGACAAAUUACCAGACUUGGGCUAUUGGGAGGCAGCCAUGCAGCAAGAAAUUGAUGUGACAGUUCUAAAUGAUCAGCUCAAAGUUUUAAAGAAUGCGAUGGAUGGUUAUUAAUGUGACUUAUUUAACAUUCUGACACAUUAUCGUUAUGAACACUGCAUCUCUGAUGUGAAAACUUUUAUAUUUGUUAAUACAUUUUUAUAAUUUUAGAGCUAUAUAUAUAAAUUCUGUUUCGGUUUGUGUAACCAUGAAAACACCAA